AUGUCUCUUCAGAACACCAUCCCCGCCGAGUCCUAUUCGGGUACCCUUGACGGCAUCAGUUUCUUUUGGAGCCCAAACGCAAUUUUCAACCUACCUGGAAGCGCUGCAACCUACCAGGCGGAAUUGAAUGUAUUGAAGAGUGCCACCGAGCAAGUGGCUGUCGCGUGUGCUCGAAGGAUAGGGAAAACCUCUGUCCGCAUCUUGUAUGAGGCCAUAUUCAAUCCUAGGCUCGAUCACAUUCAUAAAGUAUCCUAA